AUGAUACGUGCUACACAUUCAGACCACUUCUUUCUUUCUUUCUUUCUUUCUUUCUCUGAUGAUAACACCAUAGGACAUGAUACGUGCUACACAUUCAGACCACUUCUUUCUUUCUUUCUUUCUUUCUUUCUUUCUUUCUUUCUUUCUUUCUUUCUUUCUUUCUUUCUUUCUGAUGAUAACACCAUAGGACAUGAUACGACAUUACGUGCUUUCUUUUCUUUCACUUCUUUCUUUCUUUCUUUUUUUUUUUCUUUCUUUCUUUUUUUCUCUGAUGAUAACACCAUAGGACAUGAUACGUGCUACACAUUCACUUCUUUCUUUCUUUCUUUCUUUCUUUCUUUUCUUUCUUUCUUUCUUUCUCUGAUGAUAACAACCAUAGGACAUGAUACGUGCUACACAUUCAGACCACUUCUUUCUUUCUUUCUUUCUUUUCUUUCUUUCUUUCUUUCUUUCUUUCUCUGGACAUCUUUCUUUCUUUCUUUCUUUCUUUCAGAUGAUAACACCAUAGGACUUUCUUUCUUUCUUUCUUUCUUUCUUUCUUUCUUUUUUUCUUUCUCUGAUGAUAACACCAUAGGACAUGAUACGUGCUACACAUUCAGACCACUUCUUUCUUUCUUUCUUUCUUUUUUUCUCUGA